AAUGAAGUUAUUGAGAAGCUCAAGCCAGCCAAGGAGCUGUUACAGGAACAGGGCAGAGUGUUGGAGAAAGCUACUCUGAGAAGCAUAAAGCUUGAAUCAUUACACAGAACUCUAACAAGGGAAUCAGACCAGAAACUCCAAGAAGCAUUAGCUAAUUUCACCAGAAGAGAUUCUGAGGCAAAAUCUUUGAAAGAGAUAUUAACGAGUCUUGAAGGUCAAGUUAAAAGUCAUCAAGAGCUGCUAGCUGAAGCAAAUGAAAGAUAUGCAGCUGUGAAGGAAAAGCUUGAUCAGAUUGUAGAGAAGCUAGCUUCUUCUGAGAAUGCCAAUAAAGACUUGAAACAAAAGAUUUUGAAUGAAAAGGGUAAAGCCGAACAGCAUGUUGCAGAAAAGGAAUUGUUAGCCGACACCAACUUACAGCUCAGUAAACAGGCCAAAGAACUUGACGAAAAGUUGAAUUUGGUCCUUUCUGAGAAGAAACUCUCUGAUAAUCAGCUUGCUUCUCACACGAGCACUAAUGCUGAAUUAAUAAAGCAGCACUCAAGAGCCAUUGAACUUCAAUUAGCAACCGAAGCCCACAUUUCAGGUGCAGAAGCACAGUUGGAAAGAGAAGUUAAGAAAAAAUCAGAGCUUACUCAAGAACUGGCUUCAUACAAGUCCAAGUUAAGUGAUUUGGAAACCAAACUGUCGACUGUUUCUUCUGAGAAAAAUGAUGCAGUUGAAAAGCUUCGGUCUGCAAAAAAGGAAAUAGAAUAUUUGAGACAGCCACUUCAGAAAUUGGAGAGCGUCGAAAUUGACGUCAAGCUUGCACGAAGGAGAAAAAAUGAAGUUAUUGAGAAGCUCAAGUCAACCGUGAAGCAGUUACAGGAAAAGUUGAAUUUGGCAUUUUCUGAGAAGAAAGUUUCUGAUAAGCAGCUUGCUUCUCACAUGAGCACUAUCACUGAAUUAAGAAAGCAGCAGUCAAGAGCCGUUGAACUUCAAUUAGCAGCCGAAGCCCGCAUUUCAGGGGCAGAAGCACAGUUGAAAAGAGAAGUUGAGGAAAAAUCAAAGCUUAAACAAGAAGUGGCUUCAUGUACGUCCAAGUUGAAAAGCGAAGUUGAGGAAAAAUCAAAGCUUCAACAAGAACUGGCUCCAUGGACGUCCAAGUUGAAAAGCGAAGUUGAGGAAAAAUCAAAGCUUCAACAAGUACUGGCUUCAUGGACGUCCAAGUUGAAAAGCGAAGUUGAGGAAAAAUCAAAGCUUCAACAAGAACUGGCUUCACGUACGUCCAAGUUGAAAAGCGAAGUUGAGGAAAAAUCAAAGCUUCAACAAGAACUGGCUUCAUGUACGUCGGAAAAAUCAAAGCUUAAACAAGAACUGGCUUCAUGUACGUCCAAGUUGAAUAGCGAAGUUGAGGAAAAAUCAAAGCUUCAACAAGAACUGGCUUCACUUAUGUAGCACGGACACUCUAACUAGGGUAUCGUGUCCGUGACACUCUAUAAUAAUCAUUUUCCUUUCUUACUAUAGCCAUUAUAUAUUUUUAACUCAAAGUUUUUAAUAAAUAACAAUGAGUUGAGAUC